AUGGACAGCCUUAAUGAUAUCAAUCGGGAACUGGAAAGGCUUAAGGACCUGGCCGUGGAGUAUCCAGAGUUGAACCAGAACGAAAGGUUCACUAGGUUCAGUCGGUUGCUAAGUCAACAGGACCACCUCAACCAUAUCCUUACCGAGCUUGCUACGGCUACGCAUGAAGCAGAAACCAUCCUGGACAUCCCUCCUAGCUACCGCGGUCUUUCCCCUGAUACAAUGGACCCUCACAAAGAGGAAGCAUUUGGCCCCCGCGAGAGAAAACCUCAGAUGCCCCAUGUGCCUACGAUGAUGCUUCAUAACGCUCCGGAAACCAAAGUCCUAACUGAGGACGAUAUACUACUGACUGCAACUCAACCUCCGAAAUUCCGGAGCAGGUGA